AUUGAAAAACAACGAUUCGGACAAGUGAAAUUCCUAUACGCCCGUUGUGAAUAUUAUUACGAGUUACUAUGAUAUAUACAAAAUUGAAUCGAUUUUGCAAUUCGAUUAUGUUUCUAAAAACUAAAAUCUAACUCAAAAUAUAGUAAGGAUAAUAACAAAAUUUACAAGUUUUUAGUUUUUUUCUUGUGUGUGGUUGUAAUUUGAAAUAUCAACCAAUUCUAUCUAAUUAGAAUUCAUUUUCGCUUUGAGCAAACAAAAACACAAUAUUAUAGACAUCCUUAAUUGAAGAUGACAAUAGCUUUAAAAUUAGUGUAAGCAAUAAAGUUGCUUUUGCAAUAUGCCGAGAAGUACUGCCAAAUCAAAAGCGAAAAAUGGUAAUGUUAACGUGAAAAUUUGUAAUGUUUCCAAAAAAAAUACAACAACAAAAACACCAAAAGAUGAUAUCAAAAAAGAAAAGUGCAUCAAAAAGGAGGUGUUGCUGGCAGAUACAGCAAAAGAGACUGUUACGGAAGAAGUAGUUCAUAGGAAGUCCGAACGACGGAGAGUUGCGCGCGAUAUAUUUUUAGUGUUUGAAGAAGAAACUAAUUCCAGACGUAGAACUAGAGGAGCAAAUAAAAAACAAACAAAACCAAAGUUUGGACACCUAAAAGUUGAAGAUCCUAUUAAAACGAAAGGUCUUCUGAGGGAUAUAAAAAAUGAACCAAGAUGCUACCUAAACGGCACCGACUUAAGUGUCAGUGUCACAGUGCCUCCUGUUGUUCCCGUUUUAAAGCGCAACGCCAACAAAUUAAAUGUAAACAAAAAAGAGGAAAAAAAUUUAAAAUCAGAAAAAAUUAAAACAUCAGCGUGCAUAACAGAAAAUACGUCUUAUUCAAAGAAAACGAACAAUAUCAAAUCUAUAAAAAUUUCGACAGCAGAAUCACAACCGUGCAUAUUAGAUAACGAAAAACGAAUUGUUGCUAGAGUAAAUCCUAUAUUUUUAUGGGUUAAGCAAGAUGACACACGUAUUGUUGAAGUUCGCUGUGAGGACUACGACAAACGAAAUCGCAUACGCAUCACUAAGACAUCAAACGGAUGGCGGGCCAUUCCACGAUCUGAUCCGACAUCAUCAAAAGUAUUAAAGUUUUAUCCCACACCAUUGAUGAAAGUAAAAAGAGAAAAUCAUAAUCAUGAAUCAAAUAAUAAUAUUAUCAUCAAUAAUCAAACGGAGUGCAAUGAAACUAUGUUGGUUGAGAAUUAUGCGGCACAAAAAACAUUGUCGGAAAAUACGACCAAUAAGAUUGACGCUAAGAUAAAUAUAAUGGAUACGGUUUACAAUCCUUUGGCAAAUAAAGACGUCAAAUCAAAGACCAAAAAUAAAAAAUCGAAAAAACUUAAGAAAAAAACACAUUCUGAGAAGAGCUCUAAAAAGUCAAAAGCUAACGUCACUGCCAUACAAAAUAUUUUUGUUAAUUCUGAAUCUAAUCCAACUCUAUUGAAUACAUCACUGAACACAAAUUCUUCAGAUGACUGCAACGGUCAAGUAUGUAGUAAUACAAAUGUCAACAGAUCUGAAGCUAAAAUUUACAAUGAGUCUGAGAAAAGUUCGUCUACACCAGAUUUUAUUGAACAUAUUAAUGAUAAAGAUUUUGGUAAGAAUAUUGAAACAUUCGAAACUAAACCAACAACAUUAACAAACAUUAUUUUAACGACAGAUGUGACAUCGGAGCUAGAACCUACAUAUCAAAAAGAAUCGGAGGAAGAACUUUCCUUUCACUUAUGUCCAAAAACUGGAUUGUUUUUGCCAAAUAAUGAAGUUUCCAGUUCAGAAUACCAUGUUAAAUCAAUUGAAAAUAAAAUCAUUGAAGACACUUCAACAAUUCAACAUAAUACAAGCAAUGAUAAUUUGCCAAUUAAUAUAGCUAAAGUGAGUGCUGAUUCAAUGAAAUUACACAUAGUUGAAGAGAACCCAGAAAGUUUGGAGGACAAAACCAAAAAUCUUAAAGAUCUCCUUGACGAUGCCGAUCUCCUUCAACACUGCGAUGAUAAUGCAAACAGCGACGCGGAACUAAUAGAUACGCUAGUAAAGACAAGCUGCGAAAAUAAUUUAAUACAAGCAAAUGAAAUAAUAACAAAAGCAUCUAUGGACCAAAUACACCAGAAAACGUUGGAAGGUUCAAAUGAAAUGGUUGUUCAACUAAUAGCGGAUGUUAGUGAUCCACCAAAAUGUCUUUCGUUUAAUGAAGCUGGCGAGAUUGAAGGCUUGAACGGAGAACUCUUCCAGUCAAAUACAUAUAUGGAAGCAUUUGACAAACAGUCACAUACCGUAAUGGCAGAACCUCAUAUAACAUUGCACUCAACAACAGUAGUAGAAACGUCUGAAUCACCUCAAAGACCAUUAACAUGUGAAAAUAUUGAACCCAUUUUAGAAAUUAUGGAUAUAAACAAUAGUAAGGUGCGGUCAGUAAAUGUUAUAGAAGAUUCCCCAAAAGAUCUUAGCUACAAAAAACGUGAAGAAGUUUGCCCUCCUUCUGAAUCACGUAGCCAAUGUGCAGUUACAUCCAGUUCCGAUGUUAUAAAAUCGCCCCAACGAGAAGAUACACCUUCUUUAUCAGCCUCAUCCGAAACACUUAAAAAUCUCAUAUUGGAACAAUUUAUGAAAUUAAAUGUACUCUCUACCCAACAUCAAAGGGAUCCAAUAGACCUUGGAAAGCAGAGACAUCAAGAUAUAUCAAACAUGAAGUCCAUAUACACCUCUAAACAAACGGGACAAACGAGCGAGUUCAUUGAGACAGUUGUUAUCGAAGAUGAUGAUGAUGAACAAGAACCAUUGAAAAAACGUUUAAGAUUAAAUAAACACAAAGUAGUACCAAUAAAUACAGCAAAAAUAACAAUGAUAGAUAAAGACCCCGAUCCAUUAACACAGUUACGUUUGUUAAUACGAAACACCCAAUGGAAAGUUCCCGAUCCAAUAUUGGUUCCGAAAGACAGACUCAGCGCUGUUUUAGCAUCGCCUGCUAGAGAAAUUCCACUUUUAAUUACUACUAGACCUGAACUAAGAUUGCCCGAAGCUUUUGCUUAUCCAGAAAUUAUACAGAAUCCUAAUAUUCUUGUUAUUUCAAUGGCUCAGUUAGAGGCUAUUCUAAAAAAUGAAGUUGAUGCGGAAAAAACGACAAGUUCUAAAAUCAUGGAGACGGAUGUGAAUCCACAAUUGUCCGAAGAGCAAAUAGCUGUUCAGUUAAAUAAUCAUGUAAAUGAGCUACAAUCACAAUUAUCAAGGCAACAUAUUGAACAUCCGUUAAAACAAUCGACAGAUAAUAUAACAACAGACACCACUGGAAUAUCAUCAGAAUCUUUAUCUGAAACCAGAAAAGAAAAUGCUAAAUGUUCGCAACAGAGUACGUCUUUGUCUUCGGAGUUAAAUUCUGCCACUAUGGCGGUGCUAAAUCAGAUGCUUUGGCUACCGUACUUCGGACAAAUUUCCCAGGAUAUUGUUAAAUCUCUUAAAAAUCCAAUUGUAUUGCAAGAAAAAUGUGCGAAUCUAGUACCAUUUUUUAAUUCUCAUUUAAAUGGUUUAAAUAAUUUAGAGGAUGUUUAUAAAAAUGCUACUAUCAAUAGCAAUAAAAUUUCUACACAAUCUGCUUCAAAUUCAGGUUUGCAAAGCUUCCAAGAACAGAUCGCAACUAAUGAUGAGUUAUCAUUAUUCCAAAAAAUUGUUCAGCAUCAGAUGCAAAGUGUACUUCAGUUAAAUCAGCUUAAAGCAGACUCAUCGCAACUUGCGGCUCCGGUAGUUAAUCGCAGCUCAGUAUCAUCUGUAGACAAAACUAACUCUAACAUUGAGUCCUUAUCUAAUUUUAUUGAACAAAAGAAGCAAAAAGUAAUUCUACCAAAUAACAAGCAGACAAACUCAUCAUCUACUGAGUGUAAAAAUUUAACAAAUAUUUGCAGUAGUAACAACAUUUCAGUCGCAGAAAAGUCAUAUAAUUUAAGGAGUUCAGUCGCAGGUCGUCACUCCUCUGAAUCAAAGCAAUAUUUGAACAAUAACAGCAGGCAAAAUACUGCCAAUAAACCAAGACUUACAUGUAAAUCAUUGUCUAAUCUCUUGGAUCCAGAACAUAGUAUGGUUCCAUUGCCAAACUCAUCAACACUAUACGUACAGAAUUUAUCAUUGGAUUAUCAAAAAAAUGCGAAUGAAAUGAAAAGAAAUUCUGCAGAGUGUAAAGUCAGUGACAGAAAUAUGGAGGGUAAAGGAAACGCUCUGACUGAUUUGAGUACGGUGCCUCCGUCUGCAAGGCCUUGCAGUGUAACAAAUCUCAAUAUUGAAUCGAAUAGUGAAUUUGGUAAACAAAAGGCUAAAAGUUUUGUCGAUAGUAUAACACCUGAAAACAAUAACGUAAAUGAUGCUUCAGGACUAACAACGGACACAAAUAUUCCGUUAUGGCAUCCACUUUUUGGAAGCAAUACUAAGACGGCAUAUAGUAGUCCGUGGCAGUGGACCACAGUGACAGCAACAGGAGAAUGACACACAAGGGCUCCAAAAGAGCCCGAUAUAAAUUCAAAGGAGUCUAUGGAGUUUCGGUACAAUAACGCCAAUCCUGCAGCUAAACCGAAUAAAGCGAUAAAUACCCCUUGUUACGCCAAUAACACAACAAAUGCUAUAAGUAAUAGCAACAACUGUGGAAACCUAGUAUCCAAAUAUAAUAGUGGGCGACAAGAUCAUCGAACGAAUCAGCAAAAUUCUACGCCAUAUAAUCUCCCUGAAAGUGCUGCUCAACCUAAAAUAUCAACGCCGAUGAGGCGAGAUUCACAAUCAUCCUACGGUUAUAAAGAUUAUGUUGACACAAGAUCUCAUCUCGAAUAUGCUAGUGUUUGGCAACAAAAACAACCUCACCAGCAGCAGCAUCAACAACA